GGUCACCGAGUUCUCGCGGUGGCAGCCGGGACUUCGGCGGACUGUGUGCCUGCGCUGAGGAAAGGUGCGUGUCCCCAGUGUCCGCUCCGGUCGCCCGGUUAGGAAUGCGCCUCACGAACCCGGUGUGUGCUGUAGUAUUUGACGAAACGCCAGUGGGGACCGCCGUUUAAGAAGAGUCAUGGUUUGGCACUGCUUGUACCAUUAGUUUCUCGGCGUGUGAGCUUGAUUCAUUGAGCUAGCUAGUCGUUAGCCCGCUUCGUUGAUUCAUACUCACGCUAGCUUCAGUCUGUAGCAUACCCGCUAGCCGGUUAGCCAAUCCAGAGUCGAGUAGGAGAGAACCAGACUGACUGCUGAACUCAGCCGGCGUUUCGGGGAGAAGCGGCGGCGGUGGUGGUGGCAGGAGGGGGCCGGGAGAACGCGACGGGGUAGAAGUGAGUCAGGAGCGGCUGAUGAGUUCAGACCAGAGCGGAGAGCCGCCGCUGCUGCAGGAGGAGGCUGAUCCCGGACCGAAGACCGGUGGGAAGGACGAGGCUCCGCUGGGGAGCGAGGGAGGGUCAGGCGGCAUGGUCACCUUCAAGGGUGCUGGUUUGAAUCCUAAUGCCAAGGUGUGGCAGGAGAUGCCCGUGGCCCCCAGCGAGACCGUUACCAGCAACCCUCAUUGGUCUCCCUCGGAUCUCAAUGAGGGUUAUUCUGAGCCUCCGUCUGCUGGGUGCAAGCAGUAUACCGUGGGAUUCCCGGCCCUGGAUAACAGCAGCUCCACAGCAACAGCUGAGAUAGCAGUAAAUGGAAUGGACCCUCCAGAGUUGGGCUUUUCCCCCGCUGAGUCUACAACAGGGACCUCAGUGGAUUCAAAAACGGAAGAACAGCCAAUCUCUUCUGAGAAUCUGCGAGAGUCUCUGAAGAAAGAACUGGAGUAUUAUUUCUCCAGAGAGAACCUCUCAAAGGAUUUGUACCUGAUGUCCCAGAUGGACAGCGAUCAGUUUGUCCCUAUUUGGACUAUUGCCAGUAUGGAGAGCAUUAAAGUCCUCACUACAGACAUGGACCUCAUUCUGGAUGUGUUGAGAUCCUCUCCUAUGGUACAAGUGGAUGAGAAAGGGGAGAAAGUGCGUCCUAAUCACAAGCGGUGCAUUAUCAUUUUGAGAGAAGUUCCCGAAACCACACCUGUUGAGGAAGUGGAGUCAUUGUUCAAAAAUGACAACUGUCCAAAGGUUAUAAGUGUCGAGUUUGCACACAACAACAACUGGUACAUCACAUUCCAAUCGGACACAGAUGCUCAACAGGCGUACAAGUACUUGAGAGAAGAAGUAAAAACAUUUCAGGGAAAACCCAUUAUGGCCAGAAUAAAGGCCAUCAACACAUUUUUUGCAAAGAACGGCUACCGUAGCAUGGACAGCAGCCUGUACGCUCAGCAGUCCCAGAGCCAGUCCCAGUACAGCUCUCCGCUCUACAUGCAGCACGUCUACCCCCAGCAGCAGUACCCCCUCUACGGCAUCGUACCUCCCACCUGGACACCUUCGCCCACACCGUACUUUGAAACGCCUCUGGCUCCGUUUCCCAACAGUAGCUUUGUGAAUGGAUUUGGCUCCGCUGGACACUACAAGACCAGCUCCAGUUCUCUUAAUAUCUCUCGCCCAUUCAACAGAAGCCGUGUACCCCUCUAUUCAAGAAAGAAUGUAAUAAAUGCCUUCAGAAACCACGUGAAGCCCCAGGUGAGGCCAAACGACGUGACCUCAGCAUCCGUAACACCGGUCCCACUGGAAAGCCUGACCGGACUGCGAAGCCCGCAGCCUCCUGCUCCCAACGCUACUGCCGCCGUCUCCACUACUAACACAGUCCAGACAACCACUGACUUGACCAUGGCAUUCUCGCAUCUACCCCCCUCUUCCUCAUUGGACGCCAGCGAUGACAGUGGGGUAGCUGGACGUGGAAGACGUACGACCUACAGAGGAACACGGAGGAGGCGAGAAGAAGAACGGAUUGCGAGGCCUGUACCCUUAACAGAGGUCAAGGUUUCACCACCCAAGUUUGACCUGGCUGCUACCAACUUCCCUCCUCUUCCGGGCUGUGUGGUCAGCACACAGGGGGAGCCAGUGUUAGAAAACCGGAUGUCGGAUGUAGUACGUGGUUUGUACAGGGACAAGGCAGAACAAGCCAAUAAAGAAGCCACUGCGAGUCCAGGUUCAGGUCAAGUCACAGAGGAAGCUGUGGCUGUCAUAAGUCCUGCCCCGGCAGCUGCAAAAUCUGCUACUCAACCACUUGGACCUUCAGCCUCUGGUACUGUUCGUCAGGAGAAGAGAGUCGAACGGGUGGAACCUACGACUCAAAAACCAACUCCACGCACACCUGUCAAAACUCCGGGCAACCCCGCCUCCACACAGCCUGUGCCUAGCUCCAGGCCUCAGACCUCUGCUGCUUCCACACCAGCCACACCCAGCACGGCUGCCCCUGCGACAGCCGCUCUUCCCACCCCUGCACAGGAGCCCCGUAAACUCAGCUACGCCGAAGUGUGUCAAAGGCCACCCAAGGACCCUCCCCCUGCAUCCCCUGCCCCGGCCACCCCGGCCACCUCUAGCACUGCGUCGGGCCAGCCACUACGUGAAUUGCGCGUGAACAAGGCCGAGGAGCCGGGCUCCAGCAGCAGUCCUGGAGACAAGCACGAGAGAAGCCACGACAGGGAGGGGGGAUGGGAAUGCAAGGAGAGCCGGCCACCGCGUGAACGUGACUCUCAAGGCUACCACCGCAGCAAUGGUCCCAGGGGCACCGGGGGCCUCAAGUUCCGGGACCAUAGGCGUCCUCCACCACCCCGACGCAGCUCCCCGCAGGGAGGAUACAGGCACACUGGAAAAGAGCAGAACAUCCCACCAGUAUCGCCAAAAUAAAAACUUGAUAUCAAUAGAAAAAGAUGUAUGAAUAUAUACAUGGAUAUAUAUAAUUAUAUAAAAAUGAAUAACAUAAAAGCAACAACAAUUAUGGUAGCCACCUUCCUCACCCCCCUGGAACAUGUCCAAAGAGAGGCUUUUAAAGUGGCAAUGAGACUGACAUCCAGGACUUAUGGGCAAAAUGACACCUGAAGAACUUUGACGAGUGAUUGGAAAAGAAACAAAAACGUUGUUUUGGCCUUCAGAAAUACGCUUAAAAGAAUUUAAGUGUGACUUACCUGAAGGUUGUUGAUUCGUUCAUGCUCCGCUAGGGAAAGGUGGGAUGCUGGGCCUCGUAAAUGGCCCUCUACCUUUUU